AUGAUUGCAUCAACUCCACUCUCAUUACUCCUCCUUCAUCUGCCAGACGAAGUUCUAAUCACCAUCUUCGGUUUUCUCGAUUUCAAUAGCUUGUGUGACGCAACCCUGGUCUGCAAGCAUUUCAAUGAUCUUGCCGAACCGUUUCUGUACCACUCCAUCGAGAUUCUAAAUGGAUACCAGGCCUCUGUUCUGUCAGCCAGUCUUCAUGCCAAUGAACGCCGGGCCACGUGGAUACGUUCAUUACUCGUCUCAGUCAAAUUUGGUGAGGACCUGGGUUUACAUGCUUUACCGCCAUACAUAAGCCGGAUGUGUAAUCUCCAGGAUCUCUGCCUUGAGACCCCGGAUUGCAAUGCCAAGUUUCCUGAAGAACGGGUCGCUUGGGUCAACCUGCAGGAUCGAUAUGAGCGUAUAUUUGAGAGUGCUUCCGCUGUCGUUCCUGUAUCUUUCGGAAGGCUGCUUCCAAACUUGCAGACGUGUACUUUACAUUUCGUUGAUGGUCAGAAAGAAAUCCAUUCAAUGACCAAAUACCCCAUGGUUUUUCUGCAUCCAAACUUGAAGUCUCUGACCAUGUCGUGUGCGAGCACCGAUUUCCCCGAUCGACUACUUGUGGACUUCCAAGACGACAAGACGCUUUUAAAGUCCACCAACUUGGAACAUCUACAUUUGGAAGAAUGCGACAUCUUCUCUCCUUCUCUUGCCAUUCUCCUAAGCUUCCCGAAAGCUUUGAAGUCACUCAAAAUCAGUGAGGGCAUCCGCUACGAUGGUAUAUUCAGUGCUAGGAGUAGUCGACUCCAUGGCAACGUGUCCCCCGGUCCGUUUGUUGAUGCAGUUGCUCAGAAUUGUGCCAAAUCACUCGAGCAUCUGUCUCUCAGCUUGGGCUACUCGAGGCAAGGAUUUCAGCAUAUCAAUCAUCCCGGCCAGCACCUGAACUUAUCCAACUUCUUCGCAAUGAAGCAACUUGACCUUGAUGUCCGCACAGUCAAUCUGAUCCGAGUAAGGGCACUCUGCGAUCAUGCAACCUGGCGAAGGCUUCCACCAAAUCUAGAGACUCUCAAAGUCUUUGGCAUUCCCUUGGGUGAACGGCCACCAUUUCAGGCACGCAGAAAGGUCUGGUUCCCGUUCGACCAGUGCAUUGCCACCGACAAAGCCAAGCAUGGCGUGCGGCUCCUGAAGAACUUGGUGUACUCCUACGAAUAUUACCGCGAGGAUGAUGAGAUGCCGCGUUUGAGUAUCUCUGAUGAUGGAGACAGUGUGGAGGAGACCAGUCAAGUCCUGAUCGCUCAGCACAGAAUGACGGAGAAAUGCAAAGAACUUCAACCCAAGUUUAAGAAAGCAGGUGUCAGGCUCGAAAUCGAGAUGGUCGCACUGCCUAAUGGCUUUAUUCCUCCUUACUUGUUCCCCGAGGACAAACCCAAGACAUACACGCUGUGGGAAUCUGCACCGCGAUGA